AUGAUUGGAGAAGAAGUUAGGUUCCCCGAUCGCGUGGUGGCCUUCGCUUUGACUCGACUCGACGCCCCUCCCAGUACUGCAACUUCGGUGAAUCAGGCAACCGGCGUAGGGCCUGGAUCGUCCUCUACCGCCUCCGCCGCCGUGGCAACAUCCGUCUCCACUUCCUUGUCGUCUUCCGGUCACCUCACCUCCGGUAUGCCGGAUUUGUCGGGGCUCGAGUUCGGUCCAACCGGCGGGCACGGUCGUCCGACAGUCGAGUCAACUCGUGCUCUCGCCAUUGAUCUUCUUCGCCAUCUCAUCACGACAGCUGAUGCUGUGCUUGUCCGUCCCGUGGCAGCGGGCACUGGACCUUCUGGACCCGGGCCCGGGCUCUCCGGUACCUGCGCUGCCGGUUUCGGCUCGAGCACAUGGUCCCGCAGACACCAGAUCGUGGCCGGACUACGUCGUCUGCUGUUGCAGCCCUCGGCUUCCGGCCUCGCCAGUGACACAGCCUCGGAGUUCGAUGUGGCCGCCUUCCUCGGGUCUAUGACUUGUUCUCGUCCCACAGGCGACGGGUCGUCUGCCACGCCGACUGGCGCUCCGGCCUUGACACCGAGUCGCGCAAGCAGUCGACUCGCCGGAAGCACCGCGGCUGGGCUUCAUCUGCCGCCUUGUGUUCGUCUGGGGCUGGCCAAGACGGUGCUACAUUUGGGCAGCCGCGGCUACCUCAGCCUACCGGGCGCUGUAUGCUUUGUCGAGUUCAUUGUCAGACAAUGUGGCUUCGCCUUCCAAGAAAAGGUAGCCUACUCAGCCUCAUUCCAUACAUAUACUAUAAAGUAUAUAUAUAAAAGUAUAUAA